AUGCAGUUUCAUCUACCUGGUAUCUCCCUUGUAUAUGAUGGUCCAACCCCAGCAAGCUUCUCCUCCAAGAACAUCUUAGAUGAAUCUGUAUACGGAAUAAUCAACAUACACACGUCAGCAAGGAACAACCCAGAGAGGACAGAUGACGCAAUCAAUUUAAUCAAGAAGAUCAAGAAUGAGAGUCAACCUUUAGAAAAGGUGGAAAGUCUAUCUGAGACCCUCGGGGCUGGCAAGUGGCCAAAUGAACAAAAUCCUCCAAAGCACCAAAGAUCCCGGUGCAAUCACCUGAGCCAAGCAUGGACAAGGGGGCAAGACACAAUUUACAGCCAGGAACCCUCCACCACAUACCAGUUCAAAGUCUUCACAGGUCCUCUGAGGCCAAUAUCUCCUCACUACAACCUAGUUCAAUACAUGAACAGGGUCUACAAGUGCUGUAAACUUGGCUUCAAUUGCAACCUUGUAAGAGGACUCCAAGGGACACUGGAUGUAGGUGAUGAAGGAUACAUGGUGGAAUUUUUCUUGGACCCUGAAGUCCUCACUGCUACCGUUGUCCAAGCUGAACUGCACUUGGAGGUUCCUGCCUCGGACCAGCUCACCGUGAUUCCUGUCUUGACGACUGAUGGUGUCCAACACUUCAGUUUUAUACCGUUGAGGAGGGAUAAAAUCACCGAUCUUGUACUAGAUGUAAGGUUCCUAUUGCCAAUGCUGAAGGAGGUAGAGACCGGAAACAUGAUACAUGAAGAAGAAGUGACAGAGUUAACCCUUGGGUUGUACUGCAUCCAGAAUGGGUACCACGUACCGUGUGAUCUACAUGGGAUCUCUCUUCUUCGCUACCCUUUUAUAGUGCUUCACUAUAAAUAA